AUGAGGAGCGCCGAGCCGCACAACUUCGUCGCCGAAGCGGGCCCGGGUUGCAUCAUCGCUCACGUCGCGGACCCGCCGUGGGCGCUCGGAAGCGAGCGCAUAGACAUUCGGGACUACCCUAAGGGGACGCAAUUUCCGGACCUCGCCGUCGAUCCCGGCAGUGGGACGUUGUCGGUGGUGAACGCCCAGACGGAACAUCGCGUGUGCUACGUGACCGUGUACGAUAACGCGGUGUUGGAUCGUGACGGGACCCCGUUCCCCGCGGGUCGCACGACGGACAACGACGGCGAGACGCGGGAGUGCGUCACGUUCAUCCUCCUGGUUCCGCCAAUGACGAUUGUGCACGCGGCGACGCUGACGGACGCCUCGUCGGAGAUUGACAGCGACGUGCAGGACUGGUGCAGGCACCCGGCGCCCGACGACGAGCACCCCUUGGUGAUUGGGUUUCCCCUGGGCGUGAGCGAGGGUAAGCCCGGUCCGUGGCUGUGCACGCAGGGCGAGGGCGGGAGCUUGACGCACUUCUUCAGCGGCAACCUCCACGCGGUUGAUUUUCGGUGCGACGAGGGCACCGAGCUGUUGGCGGUGGGCGCCGGGACGGUGGUGGAGGUGAGCCAGGAUAAUACCCUCACCGGCGUGGCGGUCAGUAACCUGUUCAAGUGGAACAGCGUCAUGAUCCAGCUCGACACGGAGGGCGACGGCGCGGGGCCGGCGGGGGGACCGGCGGAUGCCGGCGACUUGGAGGCUGGAUCACGAGGGUCCGAGGACGCGAGGGGCGGCGACCUGUUCGUGGAGUACGUGCACAUCAAGGCUGGAAGCGUGAGGGUGAAGGUCGGGGACAGGGUGGCGCUCGGCGACGUCGUGUGCGAGAGCGGCGGGGUCGGGUUCUCGCCCGAGCCGCACCUGCACUUCUGCGCGUUCAGGUCCAAGGAGCCCACGGCGCCGACCACCCGAGUCAGGUUUCGCGCGGCGAGCGGGGGCGAGCCGUACGUGCCCAUCGCCGGAAACUACUACGACGAGAGCGGGGCGGUCCCCGCGCCUCCGUCGGCGAUCGGGGGGACGGGCGGCCAGGGAUAG